AUGGCCAUGUCUUGUCGGUACGCCGCCCAGAGCUGUGCUCGCCAGCUUCGAUCCGCCCGCGCUGCCCGAGCACCCGCACAAUUCGUCCGCAUCCCGGCCACCUCGAGAAGAUGGAACUCGUCCGAAGCCGCUCCCACCAACCCUAAGAUCGAAGCCAUUGUGGACCAGAUUAGCCAGCUUACUCUUCUGGAGACUGCCGACCUUGUUUCCAGCCUCAAGAACAAGCUCAACAUCCCCGAUAUGCCCAUAGGCGGUUUUGCUGCUGCUCCUGCCGCUGCCCCCGCUGCUGUUGAGGAGGCUGAGGAAGCUGCUCCUGCCGCCGCCGAGAAGACACUCUUCACCCUCAAGCUGCAAGGAUUCGAUACCGCCUCCAAGGCAAAGGUCAUCAAGGAGAUCAAGAACAUGCUCGGCCUGAGCUUGGUGGACAGCAAGAAGUUCGUUGAGAGCGCACCAAAGAUGAUGAAGGAGAACGUUCCCAAGGAAGACGCUGAGAAGAUCAUCACCACCAUGAAGGAGUUGGGCGCCACUGUGGUUAUGGAGUAA